AUCCAGUUAUUUUUGAAUCAAAAGGCAUUGUAUCGCUUUCCAAGCUAGGCUUCUAGCUGGCUUGCAACAAGCUCAAAAUCAUCCUUGAAUGAUGUCUUGGUCGUAUCGUGUAACAAGCAGUGUUGGUUAAUUGCUCUGUAGCCCUGGCAGUGUGUUUUCAUUGUGGUGUAUUGUGCAUGACUUGCAGCCCUCGAAUUAUUGUUUUCGUUAAACAUUCGAGCCAAAAGUUUUCCUAAUUUCCUCCGUGUUUCACCAAACAAUAAAAGAUACAAACAAGAACGGACGACCCAAGGGAGACCAAGAGACAAUAGACAAGACCGAACAGCGGAUACGGCUCCGGAGCACGGAGGAAUUGGAAGAAAAGCUGGAAAAACAGCACAAAGAGGACUUGACAUUUGGAAGAGCCCUAAUUGGAUUAGCAACGGAAAUCCGGGAGGAAACCAACAGUCGAUACCACAAAAGCGAGACCAUUAAGGUCUGGCCCAGCAACGUGACCUCACCAGCACUGGCCAAGGCGGUUCCAAGGACGAGCGUCAGCACUCAAGGAUCAUCAUUACCCUUGACAUACAACAAAUCCUUGCCAGCAGCAGAGCGACGAGAGCAACAGAAGCCCACAGAGAGGCAACUGGAGAAGAGAGCCAAACAGGAGGCGGAACAGAACAGAAUCUUGGACAGAAGCGGCGACUCUGGCUUGGUUAUGCGCCGCGCCUGCCGUGGUACGCGUCGUCAGAAGAAGCGGGUGGUCGUCUUGGUGGCUGGGGCGACUCUUCUGGAGCGGCUCUACUGGGACUCUGGUCGGUCGACACGCUGAGACUCACUUACGGCCCGCUGCUGGCCCCGAAGGCCAUGUCCCUGCGGGCCUACAACAUCGAAGAUCCCUCGAACGACGCCGAACAGCCGGACGCUCUGGUAGAUUUCACGGCCAUGCUGAGGCAGCAGCGGAACGGCGGACGGCAGCGCGAGUAUGGCGGCUGGUUCGGUUGCGGCAGCAAGAUGCAGCCGGAGCCACCCGAUCAGGGCUACUAUCUUGAGCAGUAUGUGUUGGGCGUUCUAGACUUUAGCUCCCAAUACGGCAUCGACUACAGUAUCUCGUACACUGCGGCGAAUAUAAUUGGACGUCCUACCAAGUAUCCCGCAUAUGGGGAUUAUCCGGAGACCUAUACAAUGCGCACCUAUGGCGACUGGUGGUUGAAGGCUCCAUCCGCCACACGGGAGAUUCAAGCCCAGAAUAUGCCCAAGGUGGACACCCAUGAUUAUAUAGUUGUCUACUUUGAGGAGUUUGUAGUGCCUACGGAGGUGGCCAUUUUCGAGACCUUUAAUCCCGGCGCCGUGGUACGAAUUUGGGCCUAUGGCAUAACCAAAAAUUGGACUUGCCUUUGGGAGGCCACAGACAACGAUGCCAAGCUGGGACCGGGCAGGGAGGCACGACGCUUUGCACCUCCCAUUAAGAAGACCACCAUAAUAACCAAAACGCUGCGCAUCGACUUCAAUCAUAGCCGCCUGUUCUACUACACAGAAAUUGAUGCCAUCAUGCUGUGCGGAAGAACCGUUUCUCGAAUACAUAACCUAAUGGGCAGGCAGCGCCUCCAGCACAGGCAAGUGGCAAGUGCGCCUUCAACGCCGACACCGCCACCGCUGACAUCGUCUUCGGAGGAAAUUGGCGAUGGACCCAUUAGCUGCAAGUUGCGUACUCUAAAGUUUCAGCCAAAUUGUGGCCAGGAUGGAGCCACCAAGCUGCAUGAGUUUAUCAACAACGACCUAACCCAGUUUCUGCUUGAGAAUCAAGUGGAUGAAACGGCCGAGGCGCCAGUGCCACGUCUCUGUCUUACGGACCUACCCUUCGAGAUCCUGUUGCGCAUACUUAGCUACCUGGACUUAAAGUCCCUGUUCCUCGUGGGUCGGGUGUCGCGCACCUUUUACGAUAUAUCCAUACACCCGCUGCUAUACGGGGAGCUGAGCCUGAAGCCCUAUUGGCAUUUGGCCAGCUCGGAGCUUCUCUGCACUCUGGCCAGCAGGGCAACGAUGCUGCGCAAACUGGACCUGUCCUGGUGCGGUGGGAUGGGCAAUAUCUCGCCCACCGAGUUCAAGAAAUUCCUCACCCAACGCGGCGACAAUCUUACCCACCUGCGGCUGAGCUCCUGCAAGUUUCUGAAUGCAAGCUGCAUUGAAACCGUGGGAAUAGUCUGUGAUAACCUGACUGAAUUGAGUCUGCGCAAUUGCGCCACCGAUCCACCACUGCUGAACUUCUCCUGUCUGGCCAAUCUUAAGAACCUGGAGCGGCUCGAUCUCUUCCAAACGGCCUUCGAGACCGAGCUGCUACUGAGCAUGCUCGAGAGCAAUCGCAAGCUGAAGCACUUAAACUUGGCCUUUUGUGGAGUCUCUGUCAACAUGGAUGAUGUUGUUGAACACCUGGCCACGUACAAUACCCAGCUAAUUACGUUGGAUCUGUGGAAGGCACAUUUUCUCACCACCCGGGGGCUGCAGUUCAUUACCAAGCUGCAUCAACUCGAAGAAUUAGAUCUUGGCUGGUGCCUGCGUGAGUCUUCGCUGGGCGAUGGGCUGCUUAAGCUGCUGACCAACUGUCCCAAGCUGAGGAAGCUCUUCCUAUCGGCGGUGCGUGGUACCACCGAACGUGAUCUCAUGCAUAUUGCGGCGCUGGGCAAGAACCUGGAGCAACUGGACCUCAUGGGCAUGAUAAGUCUAACGCAUGAACGAGUCUACGACAUCCUGGUUGGUUGCCCCAAGCUGCAAUUACUCGACCUGAGCUUCUGCGAUAAUGUCGUAGACGGCGAAGGAUUCGAUGAACUGGCGGAAUGGGCUCGCCGUUUUAACGUUGACAUCAAGAGCAGUCGUUUUCAUUUGGCCAGACAUUAGAGUUUGAACGCCUAGUAGCUAUUAUCCCCUGAUCUACCCAUAUGAACUUUGUAAAUGUAGACCCAAAAUGUGGCUCCUUCCCGUUUAUAGUAAAAUGUUAUAUUUAUGUAUUGUUUAAAAAAAAUUGCAUCUUUGACAUAAAAAUUGUUAGAUAUCUAG